AUGGGCGGCAAGGAUAAGAAAUCCAAAAAGAACACUGAGAAAGAGGAAGAGCCGACAAAGGGCAAGAAGAAGAAGAUUGAAAACUACGUGGAGAUCUACGAGAAUGAGCUCCGCAACUACGAGCCGGACCAGGUGGAGAACUACGAGGACCAGUAUCACAAGAAGAAAGUGUACGAGGUGGUGACCAUCACCGGAGACGAGAGAGGAGCCGGCACUGACGCCAAUGUGUUUGUCACUCUGUUUGGAGAAUAUGGCAUCACUCCCAAAGUCCACCUGGCCAGCAAGAGUCGCACGGCCUUCGAAAGAGCCAAAACCGAUGUGUUCAGAAUCAGAACGCACAAUAUUGGAGCUUUGAAAAAGAUAAGGAUUGAGCACGACAACACAGGGCUGAGCGCCAGCUGGUUCCUGGACAGAGUGGUGGUGACGGACGUGAUCAGGCCUCACUUGAGGUUUUACUUUGCUUGUAACAACUGGCUGAGUAAGACAGAGGGAGACGGCCUUUACGUCAGAGACCUGCUGGGCAGCAUGGACCCCAUGGACAUGCCCAAAUAUAAUAAAUAUAUAGUCAGCGUUUUCACUGCAGACGUGAAAGGCUCUGGAACAGAUGCAGACGUCUUCAUCAAUAUCUUUGGGGAGUUUGGAGACACAGGUGAGAGGCGACUUGACAACGACAAAAAUAACUUUGAAAAAGCCACCGAGGACAAGUUCACCAUGGAAGCACCAAACCUGGGCAAAGUGAGGAAGAUCACCAUCGGCCAUAAUAACAAGGGCAACUCAGCAGGAUGGUUUCUGGAAAAGGUGUCUGUGGACGAUCUGGGAAACAAAAUAGUUUACGAGUUUCCAGUUAAUCGUUGGUUUGCCCUCGACGAGGAUGACGGGAAGAUCCAGAGGGAUAUUUUAGUCGGGGGGAACCAGCCCACAGGUAUUGUGUACAACCUCCAGAUUGUGACAGGCAACAUCCGAAGUGCUGGGACCAACUCCAAGAUCCAUAUCGUGAUGCACGGCUCCAAAGGCACGAAGAACAGUGGCAGGGUGUUUUUAGAGGGGGGGAAGUUUGAGCGGGGCCUGACCGACAUCUUUACGGUGGAGAUCGCCGCGCUCCUCAGUCCCCUCAGCAGAGUCACCAUCGGACAUGACAACGACGGAGUCAGUGCUGGGUGGUACUGCGAGAAGGUGGUGGUGUAUUGUCCAUUCACAGGGGUCGAGCAGACGUUCCCCUGCAGUAAAUGGCUGGAUGAGAAGGAGGGAGACGGGCUGAUAGAGAGAGAGCUCUAUGAGAUGGUCUCGCUCAGGCAGAAGAGACCGAAGAAGCACCCGUGGUCCUUGUGGAUCUGGACAUCGGAUAUUCCCGGCGCAGGGUCGGACGCAGAUAUCUCUUUCCAGGUGUACGGACAGAAGGGCAAGUCAGACGAGAUCAGGCUGGACAAUAAAACAGACAAUUUUGAACAGGGACAGGUGGACAGGUUUAUGGUCGAGCUGCCGGAUUUGGGAAAAUUUACCAAAUUCCGUAUCUGGCAUGAGAAGAGAAAUCCUUUUGCAGGAUGGCAUCUAAGCAAGGCGACUCUGAUGAAGACACUCACAAAGGAAAAGUACACGUUUCCUUGUGAGCGAUGGCUGGACACGAAUGAGGACGACAACGAGGUUGUGAGGGAGCUUCCUGCCACCGGAGACCUGAUCUCCGAGCCGCUGCCCUUGAUAAAGUACAGAGUGACAGUUUGCACGGGGACCGUCAGCGGCAGCGGCACGGACGCGUCGGUGUUUCUCAACCUGAUCGGAGACAACGGAGACACCGGAGAUCGUCAGCUGAUCAACUGCAAAAACAACAUCAACAAGUUUGAGAAAGGAAGCUUGGACGAGUUCAUCGUUGAGGCAGUGACCAUUGGGCAGAUCCGCAGGGUGAGGAUUGGACAUGAUGGGAAAGGUGGAGGCUGCGGCUGGUUCCUUGACAAAGUGAUUGUUAGAGAGGAGGGCCAGGCCGAGGCCCAGGCCGUAGAGUUCCCCUGCAACAGGUGGCUGGAUCGCAACGAGGAUGACGGGCAGAUUGUCAGAGAGUUCGUGCCGUUCUCAGACGGACAGCGUCUUUACAACAUUGACUAUCACAUCGCGGUGAAGACAGGGAGCAUCCCCGGAAGCAGCUCGGACUCCAACGUGUUCGUCAAGCUCUACGGAGAGAAAGGGGACACCAGUAGGAUGAUGCUGCUGGUCUCCGCCAACAACCUGGGGAACUACUUUGAGACGGGCCGCAUUGACAUCUUCACCGUGGAAACCUUCGAUAUUGGACAGAUCAGCCGCCUGAUGAUUGGCCACACCAAUGAAGGCAUGCGAGCCGGCUGGUUCCUGGACAGUGUUCAGAUCAUGGUCCCGGUCCACGGGAGACAUUACAUGUUCCCCAGUCACCGCUGGCUCAGCAGGAAUGAGGCUGACGGCAAGACAGAGGUGGAGAUCUACCCGAGCGAGAUCCUGGACAUGGAUCAAUUGAUAAACUAUGAGGUAACAGUAGUGACUGGAGAUGUGAUGUUUGCCGGAACCAACGCCCGAGUUUACAUCCAGGUCUAUGGAGAGAAAGGAAAGACAGAGAUCAUCCGGCUCGAGAGCAGGUCCAACAACUAUGAGCGGAACACCACAGAAAUAUUCAAGAUGAAUGCCAAAGAUGUGGGGAAGAUCUUCAAGAUACGCAUCGGUCACGAUGGCUCGGGGAUUGGAUCCGGCUGGUUCCUGGAGUCAGUGGACGUCAAACAUUUAAUCUUGGCCUUGGAGGAUGGAGGCGAGGAGAUGCAGGAAGUGGUGCUGAAGUAUCACUUCCCAUGUUCUCGCUGGCUGGCCGGGGGAGAGGAGGAUGGCGAGCUGGUGGUGGAGCUGCUGCCCGAGGAGGCCGAGGAGCUGGAAGUCAACACCUAUGAAGUGUGCGUCUUCACUGGUGACAUGCUGGGAGCCGGGACUGACGCCAACGUCUUCAUCAAUAUUUACGGAGAAAACGGAGACACCGGAGAGCGCUCUCUGAAGAACUCUGACAACCUCAACAAAUUUGAGCGCGGGCAGGAGGACGUUUUCAUAGUGGCAGCCAUUGAGCUUGGUCCUCUGAAGAAGCUGCGGAUCCGCCAUGACAACACCAACUCUUACCCCUCUUGGUACCUGGAUCGUGUCGAGAUCGUGGACACGAAGGACGACAUGACGUACUACUUCCCCUGUAACCGCUGGCUCGCUGUGGAUGAGGACGAUGGGCAGAUAGCGAGGGAGCUGGUGCCAGUGGACGAGGCCUUCAUGAGGCAGGAUGACGAUGAGGAGGGGACAGCCGCCACGCUCGGCCUGGAGCAGAAAUCCAUGUCUACCACAUACACAAUUAAAGUCAAAACCGGCGAUAAGGAGUACGCUGGAACCGAUGCCAACGUCUAUGCCAUCCUCUUUGGAGAGAACGACGAUACAGGGGUCGUCAACUUAAAGUCUUGCAAAACCUACAAGAACAAGUUUGAACAGGGGAUGAUCAACGAGUUCACUGUGGAGGCAGUGGACCUGGGCGAUCUGGAGAAGCUCCGUGUCGGACACGACAACUCAGGAGGUUCUCCCGGCUGGUUCUUGGACUGGGUCGAGAUCGACGCAGCCUCGCAGGGUCAGAGACUACGCUUCCCGUGUGGCCGCUGGUUGGACAAGGGCGAGGACGACGGGGCGUUGGUGAGGGAUCUGUAUCCCGCCGAUCUGCAGACUGAGCUCUACAUGCCGUUCGUUCCCUAUGAGAUCAAGAUCUACACCAGCGAUGUGUUUUGCGCGGGAACAGACGCUGAUGUGUUCAUCGCUUUGUACGGACCUAAAGGAGUGAGCACACAGCAGAAACACCUGUGUGUCAACAAGAGAGAGAGACGUCUAUACUUUGAGAGGGGAGCGGAGGACAUGUUCAUCGUAGAGUUGGAGGAUGUUGGUGAUGUUAUAGAGAAGCUCCGGAUCGGACACGACAACAGGGGCACCAACCCGGGGUGGCACCUGGACAGAGUGGAGAUCAGGCGACAGCUCAGGAAAGGAAAGGGUUCAGAGACAACCAUCUUCCCAUGUGAGUGCUGGUUGGCCAAGUCUGAGGAUGACGGGGAGACGGUGAGGGAGCUGGUCCCCUCGGACAUCAUCACGCAGAAGCUCCUCAGGGACGGGACGCUGAAAACCACCGAGACAGAGGUGGAGGACGCUCUGGAAACUCACACGUACACGGUGUCAGUGCGGACAGGUGAUACGCACGGGGCUGGGACCGAUGCCAACGUUUUUCUCACCAUCUACGGAGACCUGGGAGACACAGGAGAGCGCAAGCUGGUCAAAUCUGAGAGCAACAAGAACAAGUUUGAGAGAGGAGCGGUGGACAAGUUCUCCAUCGAGGCUGUGGAUCUGGGGCAAGUGUUCAAGAUCCAUAUUCGUCACGACAACUCCAUGAUGUGGGCUGACUGGUACCUGGACCAGGUGGAGGUGCUGGAUUUGGAAACGGAGGAGGUGUACAUGUUCCUGUGUGAGCGCUGGCUGUCCAGAAAGAGGGAGGACAAGCGCAUUGAGAGGACCUUCUUCGUCAAGGGGUAUGAAGGUGAAAGAAGCACUGAUCCAUUUUCCAAGAUGUUGGCUCAGGCCAAACUGGGGCUGGACAGAAAUGCCAACAAGAAGAAAAAGAAGAAAAAGGUGGCCGUGGUGAAAGAGGGUCCAAUCAUCCCCUAUCACUUCACCUUGUCCACGGGGUCAGACCGUGAUGCCAGCACCACAGCCAGGGUCUAUGUCAUCAUCACCGGCCCCACCGACACUGAGACGGAGCGAAUGUGGCUGGACCCGCCCGAGGGGAAGAAGUCCUUCACAGUCGGCACCAUGGAGCACUUUGUGUCUUAUGGAACUGACGUAGGGGAGAUCAAGAGGGUGGAGCUCGGCCAUAACGGCGUCACACCAGAGAGCUGCUGGUUUGUGAACGAGCUGUCGGUUGCCGUGCCAACCAAAGGUAUCAAGUACAAUUUCCCAUGUAAGUGCUGGCUGGCGAAGGACCGGGGGGACGGCCUCACUGCCAGGCUGUUCAACGUGUUGGACUCCAGCACCAUCAACAUCAUCCGCAAAGUUAUUUAUUCAGCCACGGUGGUCACGGGUGACACUCAGUACGCAGGGACUGACACCAACAUUUUCCUGACUGUGUUCGGAGCCAAUGGGAGCACAGAGGAAAUGCUGCUGCCUAAAAAUGAGAUCAGGUUUGAAAGAGGCCAAGAAGACACAUUCAACCUGGAGAUCGAUGACAUCGCUCCUCUGAAGAAGAUCAGAGUUCGGAUCGACGGCAGCGGGAGUCGCCCCGACUGGUUUCUUGACAGUAUCCUGAUGCGGAACCUGACCACAGAGGACGUGUAUCUGUUUACCUACGAGAACUGGCUGUCGAAGACCAAAGGGCCAAAGAGGACGAAGGUGUGCGAGCUGGCAGCGGUGGUGGACGAGGAGGAGAUGGUGGAGAAGACCAGUUACAUCAUCCAGGUCCAGACCAGUGAUUACGGAUCAAAUGCCUCUGGUCUCCUAGGUGCCGGCACUGAUGCCAACGUCUUUGUGAUUGUGUUCGGCGAGUACGGCGACACUGGGACGCUGCCUCUGAAGGAGAGCACCAACAGGAACAAGUUUGAGCGUAAAAUGAAGGAUGUGUUCAGAUUCCCCGACAUGCUCAGUCUGGGCGAACUGUCCAAGGUCCGAGUGUGGCACGAUAACAAAGGCCCCUCUCCUGGUUGGCAUCUCGAGUACAUUGACGUGAAAGACGAGGCCAUGGACCAGACCUUCAGGUUCCCCUGCGACCGCUGGUUGGCUAAAAACGAAGACGACGGGCAGAUAAUGAGGGAGCUGGCCUGUGCCAACAACGACUCCAUAGACCUCAGUGACAAAACCAAAUAUGAAAUAGCCUCGACGACUGCAAACACAGACGAUGCCUCCACCACGGAAAACGCCUGGAUCGUGUUGGAAGGAAGAAAAGCUCGUUCCAAGGAGUUUGUUCUCGAGAAUAAGAAAAAGAAGUUCUUACGCGGUGCCACCGACACAUUUGAGUUCUCGUCCAAACACGUGGGGGAGAUCGCCGGCAUCUGCAUCGGCCACAUAACGAAAGAGGGUAAAAAGGUGAAGGGUGAAGCUUUCUGGCACGUAAUGGAGGUGGUGGUGACAGAAAAGGAGCUGGGGAACAAAUACUUCUUCCAGUGUGACGCACAAAUCCCCUUGGCGGCCAAAAAGGACAAGUUCCUGACUUUUGAGUGUUACAAGACCAUCGAGAGCUUCGCGAGCAAAGUCCGCAAGCUGGUUCCCGUCAAGUACGAAAUCAUCGUCAUCACCGGGGAUGUGAAAGGAGCCGGCACGGACGCCAACGUCUUCAUCACCGUCUACGGCGUCAACGGUGACUCAGGCAAGCGUCCCCUGCGGCAGAAGAACCGCAACCUGUUCGAGCGAGGGCGGACCGACCGCUUCGUUCUGGAGAUGCUGGACCUCGGGGAGCUGCUGAGGGUCCGAGUGGAGCACGACAACAGCCACUCAAACAGCAGCUGGUACUUAGAGUGCGUGGAGAUGACCAACACGGCCAACUCCGUCACAACCAUCUUCCAGUGUGGGAAGUGGCUGGACCCUCACAAGGCCGACGGGCAGAUUCACAGAGUGCUCUAUCCCAGAUACUAGCAGGAGGACACAUGGGAUGAUGAAGAGUGGGCGAGCGUUUCCUUUAGAGAGAGAGUUUGUGGGUUUUGUUUUUUUACGGCAUGUCAGAUGAGCUUUGUGAGGAAUAAGACUGAAACUAACAGAACUGAAUGUGACUCUGUUAAAGGAUGACACCUGUUUUCUUUUGUAAGUUUGUGCCAAUGGGUUAGUUCGUCCCUCUUCCAACCUCAGAAAAAGCCAUUUGCGACAAUCUUUUCUUGUACGUUAAAUAUAAACAGACCGGAAUACUGCCCAAGAGAGAC